UACAGGAAGUACUCACCGGGUGGAUUUUUACUUCCUCGAUACCCAGGCAGUGUUGACAGCGCUGCACAAUGAAAUUCCUUGCUUUACUAAGCUUAUUCGUAACGUAUUUGGUUACGGACUGCAUUAACAUCGAGAACACAGCAGGGCAGUUCUUCAGCAGCGGUCAUACCAACAACUGGGCUGUCCUGGUGUGUACCUCCAGGUUCUGGUUCAACUACCGACAUGUGGCCAAUUCUCUGUCUGUGUACAGGAGCGUGAAGAGGCUGGGCAUCCCUGACAGUCACAUAGUGCUGAUGCUGGCUGACGACAUGGCUUGUAACCACAGAAAUCCCAAACCGGCCACGGUGUUUAGCCACAAGAACAUGGAGCUUAAUGUGUACGGGGACGAUGUUGAGGUGGAUUACCGUGGUUACGAGGUGACGGUGGAGAACUUCCUGCGCGUCUUGACUGGCCGACUUCCCCCCAGCACCCCUCGCUCCAAACGCCUCCUGUCCGACGACCGAAGCAACAUCCUCAUAUACCUCACUGGCCACGGUGGGAAUGGCUUCCUGAAGUUCCAGGACUCUGAGGAGAUCAGCAACGUGGAGCUGGCUGAUGCUUUUGAGCAAAUGUGGCAGAAAAGAAGGUACAACGAGCUGCUCUUCAUCAUUGACACGUGUCAGGGCGCCUCCAUGUAUGAGAGGUUUUACUCUCCAAACAUCAUGGCUUUGGCCAGCAGUCAGGUCGGGGAAGACUCUCUGUCGCACCAGCCAGAUUUGGCGAUAGGAGUCCAUUUAAUGGACCGUUACACCUUCUACCUGCUGGAGUUCCUGGAAGACAUCCACCCUGCGAGCAAAGCCAACAUGAACGACCUGUUUAAAGUUUGUCCCAAGAGUCAGUGCGUGUCCACCCCGGGCCAUCGCACCGACCUGUUCCAGAGGGAUCCGGCCAGCGUUCUCAUCACAGACUUCUUCGGUAGCGUCCGCAAAGUCGAGAUCACCACAGAAACCGUGAACCUAACAGACCCUAUCAAGCAAGUGGAGGACAGCUCUGCGAAUGGAGAGGCGCGUGAGGAGAUGUACUCGUACGUGGACCAGCUGCCGGUGUCUGAGAUCAUCCAUCAGAAACCAAAGCAGAAAGACUGGCAUCCUCCUGAUGGCUUCAUCCUGGGCCUGUGGACUUUAAUCCUCAUGGUGUUUUUCCAGACCUAUGGUGUUAAACAUCUAAAACACAUCUUCUAAGGAUUCGACGCCGGCCCGGCUGGACGUCCGCGGACCUGGGAGUCUUUCCUGAAGGGGUAUUUGGGAAGAAGGUGCGGUUUGUGAUGGUUUAGUAUAUCUGAAUGUGGGAAGAUGAGCAACGCGAACUACUGAUUUGUAUAAAACUCCAUAAAACUAUUUGGUGCCUUUUUGGUGCUUUAAUUGUUUCCUGUUUAUUUACUUUAUUUAAAAAGAUGACGCGUCUUAGAAAGAUCUCUCGGGUGUUUUCUUUGAGCGUCUGUCUGGGGUGUGGGAAAUACUUCUUCCCAAAGGGCUAAAUGAGCAGCUGCAGCUGUUGUUAAGGGACAAACCUCUGGCUGAAAACAGGUUUUCCAAGUAAAGAUUUCUUCAUCUACUUUUUAAAUAUUGUUUUCUUCUUCUUAUGGAAAGAGUUGACAUUUGAACUGAUGAAUAAAAUGUGGCCUACCAACCUUACUAGUAAAACUUUUUAUUAUUUACUGCAGUAUAUCUUAGCCAUCUGUUACAUAAAUGUUGGGAUCGACCUGCAGAACUAACACUUUCUGCUUGUUGUGCGGACCAAAGGCUGGUCUGGACCAGCUGCUUUAAAACCGACUGCACUGAUAUUUGGAAAUGUGUGACCUAUUUUCACGGUUUACAAUGUUAGUUCAGAUGAACAAAAAGCUACACAGACUUCUGUUGAAUUUCCAGUAGUAGAGAUCAAAUUUUUCCACUAGAGCUUCUCCCUAGUCCUGAAUAAGUAAAAAAAAA